AUGUUUGGCAACGUGGAUUUUCUAUCCUUUGAUGGCGAAGUAACACCUCCACCAACCACUUCGUCGGGAAAUAUUCGUACUAAAGUUCGCCAGCGAGAAUUAGUGCUGCAGCGUCUAGAAAGUUCCCGUGCUAGCCUAGCUGAACUUAAUACCAUGACCGAGUCGAUGCUGAAGGUCAAGCUUGAGAUUUUGCAACGCUAUCUGGAUAGCUUUGAGGCGAUUCAAUCUCAACUGGAAGAGCUUGAUGAGUCCGAAUUGGAAGGAACGCAUCGCGCCAAAUUUGAAGCUGCCUAUCUCGUAUUAAAAUCUGCCAUCAUGGAGAGGCUCGCUCAUCUACGUGCAAUUGAACCUGACACCUUAAGCAGUACGCGCAUUGUUUCGUCGUCAACUCAUUCAAGAUUUCACCUUCCGAAAUUACAGCUUCCGAAAUUCUCUGGGCAUCAUGCAGAUUGGCUUGACUUUUAUGACAUGUUUUCGGUCUUAGUCCACACAAACAACGAGCUAUCAGAUAUCGAAAAGUUUCAAUAUCUUCGAUCAUGCCUAACCGAUAGCGCUGCGCGACUUGUACAAGCACUAGAAGUCACCGCGGUCAACUAUCGCAAGGCUGUUGAGCUACUCAGUGCACGAUAUGACAAUAAAAGACUAAUUUUCCAGUCGCACCUAAAAAGAGUUUUCGAAAUUCAGCGUGUCAUGAAGCCGUCUGCAACUACACUUCGUGAAUUCAUCGAUAUGGUAAACGGAAGUCUACGCGCAAUGGAAUCUUUAACAUCAAAAUCUCAAAUUUCUGAUGGCAUUAUCCUCCAUCUGCUUACCUCCAAACUCGAUGAGUCGACUAGAACAAAGUGGGAGGACGAGGUGGCCACAAAGUGGACUAAUACGAGCACCUCGCCACUUAAACUGCCUUCGUGGGAUGAUUUGGCCAGCUUUCUGGAGCGCCGCUGCCAAAGCUUUAACAUUAUGGAGGCCAGCAUCGCUUCGACAAAAAACAUUCCCUCAUCGCCUCCCAGACGUCAUCGUACUCUGAAACCGCAAUCCAGUUUGUUGUCAACGCAUGCGGACAAAUGCUUAUUGUGUGACGAGCAAAUCAGCCACAAUGCGUUCAAUUGUUCUAAAUUCAUGGCAUUAGAUCCAAUGGACCGCUUUGUACUUGUCAAGCGCAAACAAUUGUGCCUGAAUUGCCUAGGAACGAAACACUCUUCAAGUAAUUGUCCAUCACCGAGAAGGUGCCAGCAUUGCCGGGUAAGCCACCAUACGCUGUUACACCGUCACCCACCUCAAGCUCCUCAAGGUCGAGAAGCCAACAAGGGUACUUCUUCGCUUCCAUUCGCACUACAUGUACACGAUAUACGUAGUGAGGUCAUCCUCGCAACGGCGCUUGUGCACCUAGAUAACAGGAACGACGUGACCAUAACAGCUCGCGCACUCCUCGAUUCAGCUUCCCAACUGAAUUUCAUCACGGAACGCAUAGCGCAGUUGCUUAAGGUCAGGCGCAGUAAAACAAACGUGGAAAUAAGUGGAAUUGGAGCAGUCACUACCACAUCGCAGCAAAUUAGUUUAGUUGGUGUAUCUUCGUUGCAUUCCGGUUUUUCGUCAGUUUUGGAAGCUGUUAUAUUGCCGUCAAUUUCCUCCAAGCAGCCUCAACAUCGCCUAAAUAGUACGAAAUGGGGAAUCCCUACCAACAUCAACCUGGCUGACGCCACAUUUAAUCAACCGGGACCUAUUGAUAUCCUAAUUAGGGCCAGCCUGUUCUUCGACAUACUUUCGGUAGGCCAAAUAAAACUCAGUGAGUGUUUACCGACACUGCAAAAAACACAGCUGGGUUGGAUCGUCGCUGGAGCAAUAACACUUUCGCCACCGUCUUCGUAUCCGACGUCGCUGCUCUCGUUGCCGGCGCUGCCUUGCUCAACUUCGCUGCUUGUGUCGUCGCCCUCACCAGAGCUCAGCAAUGUGACUAUACAGCCGCAGCCUGCAUUGGAGUCGCUGUUGGAAAAAUUUUGGAAAUUAGAAGAUGACUAUCAUCCAGAAACAACAAGGCGUAAGGCUGAUGAAAGAGAGUGCGAGAACUAUUUCACACAAACAACAAUGCGGUGUCCAGUCACGAAUAAGUUCAUUGUUCGCCUUCCAUUUUCAAGUAACCCAAGUAAAUUAGGGCAUUCAUUUGACAUUGCCCGUCGACGGUUUUUGGCAGUAGAGAAAAGAAUGCUAAUAAACGACCCAGUUGGAGCAGAAUAUAAGAAAUUUAUUCAUGAAUAUAUAGAUUUAAACCAUAUGAUUGAGAUUACACCAACAAACUCUUCGGCAAGCAUAGGCACAUAUAUUCCACAUCAUUGCGUUACAAAGGAAGAUAGUUCGACCACAAAAUUACGGGUUGUGUUUGAUGCUUCCUGCCGCACAUCGAAUGGUAUCGCACUCAACCAAAUUCUUCGCGUCGGUCCAACUCUACAGGACACCAUUUUCACUGUACUUCUUCGUUUUCGAACUCAUAGCUAUGUGCUUAUGGCCGAUAUAACGAAAAUGUACCGGCAGAUUCUGGUCGAUGAGCGAGAUGCCAAAUGGCAGUGCAUAUUAUGGCGAGAUUCGCCAAGUGAACCACUCAAGACUUAUCAACUACGAACAGUGACAUACGGAACCAGUUGCGCUCCUUUUUUAGCCGUAAGAUGUUUGCAGCAACUGGCGUACGAUAACAUGUCCAACCACCCCAUUGGAGCUGCUGUCACUCUACGAGAUUUUUAUGUCGACAAUCUCAUGACAGGUAGCAACACCAUUGAGGAUGUCAUUAAAAUUAAAAGGGACGUCAUAGAUUUGCUUGCUAAAGGAGGAUUUCCUCUUCGAAAAUUUGCAUCAAACCACAACCGCAUCAUCGAUGACAUUUCUGAGCCAGACAAAGAAGCAGUAAUAGGUGGUGAUGUCGACUACAUAAAAACGCUUGGUCUGAAGUGGUCGCCUGCUAAUGACUACUUCUUCUUCUCAUACGCACCAUCGCAACAACGCAUACCAAAAGCCAAUGCGAGCAUGAAGGCUUACGGAGCAUGUGUUUACGCGGUUUCUCAUACUGACGGUAGCGCACAUACCUCGCUCAUCACUGCAAAGUCAAGAGUGGCACCAACAAAAACAGUCACUCUCCCCAGAUUAGAAUUGUGUGCUGCGCUUCUGCUGGCAGAAUUGUUAGAAUCGGUAGUAUCAAUACUCGCUGUCAAUCGACGAAACGUGCACUGCUGGUCAGACUCCACGAUCGCAUUGUCGUGGAUACAAGGCGAGCCUUCACGUUGGACAACAUUUGUGGGAAAUAGGGUAGCUAAGAUUCAACAGCUCACAGCUGACUACACCUGGCAUCAUGUAUCAUCAAGCGAAAACCCUGCUGAUUUAGUAUCGCGGGGAGCGAAGGUGCGGGAUCUCAUUGGAAAUAAUCUGUGGUUUCACGGUCCCCAAGUCAUCCACAUCCAAGAAUACCACUGGCCGUCCAUCUCCAAUAAUAUCGUCGUAGAUGUACCAGAGCAACGCAAACAAGUGCAUACUCUUGUGGUAUCUCCAUCAGAAGACAUCAUCGAGGAACACAAAUUUGCCAACAAUUAUCUUAAACUCCUGCGCGUUUUCGCUUACGCUAAACGCUUCAUCGACAAACUUCGAAAUAUACCAACCGAGUGUGGUACAAUAACAGCACCUGAACUAGACGACACUCUGCUAUUGAUUCUUCGUUAUAUUCAGCAAAAAUCCUUCACUGCCGAAUACAAGGCGUUGCAGAAAGGCAAGCAUAAUUCGUGUUGGGGGCAGACUCUCAAAUGCGUCACUGCCAUUCGACACCAAGCAUCCCAUUUUGUUACCGAAGUCACACCCCUUCGUCCGCACUUUGAUUGA